AUGGAAAUGCAGAGAGACAGAGAUGACAGCUCUCUUGAAGAGUCUGAUCCCUUCUUAGGUGCCUCAUUACACUCAAAGGGAGAGUCACAAAGCCAAAGACGGCGGCGCGAUAUGCUCUUAUGGUCUCUAAUCCUGCUGCUUGGGAUCUCUCUGGGCUCUCAUGUCCUGACGUACCUCUACAUCCACAGAGCCUCAUACCUUGACGCUGCCUGCGUGCGGCAUACGCAACAGAACCCUACUCCCAUUGAUAUCCCAAUUCACUACCGCUCUGUUCUUUAUGAUGGGACAUUUCUCGCCAACUCAACCUCCGUCUUCCGUCUGCCUCCCUCACCAGAGGUAGACGCAGCAUGGGAAGGUCUCGGCACAACCUCAAAGCCUCUCGUCUUGUCCAGGCCCCAAGCAAUCCGUGCUGGCAUUAGUCCAGACCAUCUCAAAACCCCGUCGGGCGACUUUCCAGUCCUGUUCGAGUUCAACCACCACCUGCACUGCCUCAACAUGAUCCGCAAGGCCGUCUUCUUCAACUACGACUACUACUCCAGCCCCGACUACCCAGGCCACCACCUUGGCAAGGACGACCAGACCAUUUUCAAACACGUAACGCACUGCAUCGACAUGCUUCGGCAAGUCAUCCAGUGUAAGCCCGACUUGGGGGUGUUCGGACAGUAUUGGGUAAAGGACCCGGCUCAGGGAGUGGAUGGAUCUUUUGUCGACUUCAACACGCACCACAAGUGCAUCGACUGGGAGCCAGUCAGAGAGUGGGUUCGGGCACACCAGACGCUCGAGGACCUGGUGGUGGAAUUGCAAGAGGGUGACAAGAUUCUUGAUAUUGCGCCGUAG